AUGUUGGGCGCAUUGCAUGUAGCCUUCGUCCAGGCCCUCAUCGGGAGCGAUCUGCCUGGACUGCAAUGUCUUGCAUGGGCCUCUAUCGUGCGUGCCGAUGAUGACAGGACCGGUGAGCGCGCUCAUUGCCAGUUUGCCUCACAGGUUGGUACGGAUGAAUGUGAUGUUCAACUUGAUAAUCGAACCACGGUUACUUUCUCACUGUGUUCAGAGACCCCAAACCACUGUAAGAAUCGCCGAGACCUUCUCAUCCCUUGUCAAAGAAACAUGGCGUUGUGGGGGUUUUGA